AUGGCAGAGGGUAUGUCUCACCUGGUGGCUUUUGUGUACCCCAACCAUCCGCAACAAGAGCAGACCGCAGAGGUGGCAGAGACUGAACCCAUGAGUGGUGAGAUCGUGGCGAGUAUGAAUGAGCAACAAGAGAUCACCAUCAAAGACUUGCAAAAGAGCAUGCAAAUGGGCGUAGAACAAGUCAGCAAACUUCCAGAGCAUCUCGGGCCAAUGCUGCAAGGCAUGCGCGACCUGAAAGGCGCUCUACCCCAUCCUGAUCGAAUUCAGGACGAGAAAACCCGGCAGCACUUUCAAGCUGCUCAUGAUGAGCUGCGUGAGACUCGAGACAAACUUGUGAGCAAAGUGGCUUUGCUUCAGACCCAGGGAGGCACAUGCCGAGGCAUGAUCAUCUCUCUUCAAACACUGAUCCAAAAGCUUUACAGAACUUGUCUCUCACCAUCAUCGCAGAUGAUCAAGUUUGACCCUGCAGCCUUCCGAGAUGAAAUUUCGCAAGUUCGCUCCUUUUCCCAGCAAAUGGCAGAGCAUUUUGCUGGUUGGGGGCAAGCCAGGACUGCAUGUGCAGCGACCUCUGCCCUCACCAAAAUCGAAGUGUUGAUCCCUGCCGCAAAUGCCAAUGCAAUGGUGUCCUCUUCCGAUGAAGCCCUGCAGAAGUAUACGAAAGCAGAGGCAGAUAUCCAGUAUUUAGUUGCUAAGAGGUACCAACAGCAGUACGUUCUCGAUGCCAGCCGAGCACAACUUGAGGAUAUCAAGAAGAAUCGAUCGGCUGAGGAGGAAGCCGUUGAGGACUUGGAGAAGCGAAUGGAGGAAUUAAACAAGCAGACAGCUUUGCUCGAAGAAGCUAGAAAAGGCGAGUUCGACCAUCUCAGGAAGGAAUGUGACGAGCUGAAGACGGAUCUGGCAAAAUGGCAAACUGAAAUGGAGAAACAGAAGAAAGAUGACGUCGAGCAGAAGAAGGAGGAACGGAAGAAGAAGAUGCAGGAGUUUGACAAAUACCAGAACGAAUGUGAGCAGUCGCUUUUUGCCACUCGGGCAUCAGUUUAUGGCAACCAUUUGAUUGUGCUCAUUGACAUGAGCUGGAGCAUGUCAUGUAGUGGGCGAUGGCCAGCGACUUUGACAGCCUUUGAUGCUUUGAAGGCAGCCAGAGGCCCAGAAGGUGCCAACGAUACUAUGAGCUUGGUGCUGUUCAAUCACAUCGCCCGAGUGGAGUUUUCGAAUGAACCGUUGACAGCAGGCAACACAACAUUGUCAGCCACACCUUCAGGAGGUACCUGCUAUGCUCAGGCUUGGCUUGAAGCAAAAAAGGUUGCCCAAUUAACAAGUGAAGCUCAUCGGCCUAUUAUCAUCAUGAUGACGGAUGGCGAAACAUCAGAGUCUGAUGUUGCAGCGGCAGCCGCCACUGCCCAAGAAGUCCGCAAUCUCCAUUCAGGCUUGAUUACGUUCGCCAUUGCCUUGGGACAAGACGUGAAGAAGGGGAAACUUGAGCCCAUUGUGAAGGCAGGGAAUGGCGGAAAUGAUAUUCAUUGCUUCGGCAAUCAAAAAGUCCCCCUUUUGGCCCAAGCAACCACACGAACACUGCCCAAGACCUUCAGAAAGAUUGCUUCAACGGUAAGUAUGAAAGAGUACGAGAUGAAACGACAGCUUCAGCUCUUGGAAGAGCAACGAAGUGACCAGCAGAAGCAAAUGGAGCAAUCUCUCGAAGACCUCAACAAAACGCACAAGAUCUUGAACGACAGUGCGGUCGAAAGCAGCCGAGUCCUUCAGGAGGCUAAGGAACAAGAUUCAAUCAAGAGACAGGAGAUCAUUGACCGCCAGAUUUCGCAUUGUGAGGAUUGUCGACGUCACCUAUUAGAGAAGAUCAAGCAAAAGAAGCAAACCAUCAUGGUCUUGAGGGGGCAAGAAGUUGCUUAUGAGAAGGACUCCAUCCCCAAACUAGAAGAGCAACUACAGGCCACAGAGCAGAACUAUGAGGACUCAAAAGAGGCACUCAAGAGCUUGCAAAAGUCUACGGGCUCUGGGCAACUUCAAAAGAUUGCAGCAGAACGUGAGAGGUUGCUAAAACAGGUUGGCACUAACAGUGAUUCGGAGAUGGCUUCCUUGUUACAGAAUGUGCAAAAAUACAUCGGGAUGCGAGAUGCGGAUCGGGUACAAACCUGCGCGACUGAAAGCUUUGCUGGCAAUCUCAAAUGCUUUACGCACACUCUUGCCAAUGUUCUUGAGGAUCCCUGCCACGCCCAGAAGACUCCUUACGUUUGCAAAUAUGACUACAUCAUGGAACACUAUCUCAAAGAACUGGGAGUUCCAGUCAAGGUUCCAAUGAAUUCAAGCAGCAACUUCAAAAAAGUGUUGCAGUACCACUGGAGUCAAAUGGUUGUUGGCAGCACAGAGGGGACUCAGGUGGACCCAAAGACCUUGGAACUCAUUGUGAAGAAGGUCGACCCUCUGGAGCUGUGUGAACUGCUGGAUGCAGACCCAAGGCAGGAGACAGAAGCCCUGAACAUCUUUGGGAAAAGCAUGGAGCAGGAGUUGAUGAAUUCCACGGCGGGGUUCAGAAAGUGCGUUGCAAAGAUUGACAAGGAGAAACAAAAGAAGAAUCAUCUUGAAGAAAAGCUCGAGAGGCUGGAGGAGAAGAUUCGGCUUAGUAAAGACAAGCAUGAUUCGGCAGCCUCCAGCGGUGACCUCUUGGAUCUGGAGCAAGUCGAAAAGCAAGAAAAAGCACUUGAGGAUCUCGAAGGAAAGCUGGAAGAGCUUACUGACAAGGUAGACGAAGUUGCGUCUACGAUCAAAACCCUUGAGGAAGAGAAGAAGGAGGCCCUGUGUGAAGAUGGACGCUUGCCGAUCGCCAAGGAUUUGCUGAAGCACACCCUCCGUGGACUCCAAAAAGCGUACCACUAUCGCAUGUCUAUGUGGCAAAAGCACUGCCUCAUGGUGCACUUCGAGUCGAUGAAAAAUGUUGUGGAGCAAAUGCAGCAGUGCAUCCAGGUGGCUGAGCAAGGCAAUGCAGUUCUAUCAGAGCAUGCCAUGCUUCACCAGACUGCAGCCGUGGCACCCAAUCCCCAGCUGAGAGUCCUCACGGACUACCGAGUUGGUGAGCUGGAACCAGAGAUGAUUGACUAAAAGGCGUUGAAGGAUUGGACACAAGGAGCUCGAGUCGAGGUGAAGUCAAAGUCUAGUAGACUUAAAGUCUAGAUAGGUUGUAGCUGCAACUCUGAUAGCAUAGUGAGCAGUUUCAACAACUAGAAG